UGUCCAGAGCUGCCCCCUCCCUGCAGGCCUGCCCUGUCCCCUGAGCCUCCACCUGUCUCCACCCAAGCCGCCCAUUGUCUUGUUUCUCUUCCUACUUAGGCCUUUUGCGUGUGUACGCUUUCUUUCCUUAGGCUUCGAGGAAACAUCUUUACAUUUCUUACUCUUUCUGUCAUCUGUGGCACAUGGCCAAACCCCAGUCAAAAUGCACUCGGAAGCCAGGUGUGAUGGCGCACACCUGUGAUCCCUGAGCCGUGGGAGGCUGAAGCAGGAGGAUCACACAGUCAAGCCCAGCCUGAGUGACCUAAUGAGACCAUCUCAAAAGUUUGAAAACAGGGCGGGCUGGGAUGUAGCCCAGAGAGAAGGCCCUAGGUUUGAUCCCCAGUACCUAAAGAGAAGUAUCUUGAACCAAAGAAGCCUGGAGGACAGGAAGAGGAAACUCAGGGCAAGGAGUACGUGGCUACAGUUUUGCUUCUGUUUUUCUUCACAUUAAGUUUGUGUCGGGAAUCUUGGCUUCAAAGACUCAGUAAGAAUUCAGUCCACCCCAGGCUUCCAAAUCAUGGAAAAGGAAAACGUUUUCCCUACGAAUGUUUCCUGGGCCAUUUCAAAGAGCGCCCCGCCUUCCGCCUGGACGCAGCAGUGCUGGCCUCAGAUCAGUCCCGAGAUCGUCGUGGGGUCUGGGGGCUCCUGGCGGAGGUUUUCAGGUGACCCGGAAGGUCGUGCUGCUAGGGCUCAGGACUGGGGACUGGAGUCCCCACCGAGCUUCUGGGCAGGGCAGCUCCAAGCAGGCGGGAGGGGUCACCCUGAGGCCCCCACGCGCAGUCUCCAAGCCCACAGUGCCGGCCACUUUCCGUGGGUGCACGAGGCACUGGGACACCUUGGCGGCCCUUCAGAGGGGACGGCAGGCCCCUGGCCCAGGCCAGCCGCAGCUGCAAGAGGCAGACCUGGCAGCGCUCCGGCUCCUGGAGGCCCUGCUGCAGAGCGCCCCUCAGCUGCUGCUGCAGACCUACAUCUCUCUAGCCUCGGGCUUCACAGAGGCUGUGCCAGGGGUCAGUGCCCUGCUGUCCUGGUCCUUGCUGUCCUGGGCCCUUGUGUCCUACACCCGUGUCCUUGACGUCAUGAAGCCAGGCCACCGUGACGUGCCAUGGGUGGCCCUCUUCUGCCAGCAGCUGUGGCGGAUGGGCAUGCUGGGCACCCGAAUCCUGAGCCUGGCUCUGUUCUGCAGAGCUUAUGGUGCUUGGGUGCUGGUGGUGGGAGGCACCCACUGGCUGGUGAUGACCUUCUGGCUCGCAGCCCAGCAGAGUGACAUUGUGGACAACACCUGCCACUGGCGGCUCUUCACCCUGCUCAUGGGGGCCGUGUACUUCCUCUGCUACCUCAACUUCUGGGACAGCCCUUCCAGGAACAGGAUGCUCAGCUUCUACCUGGUCAUGCUGCUGGAGAACAGCACCCUUCUGCUGCUGGCCACGGACUUUGCCCAGGGGGCCUUGUGGACGGGACUGUGCACCAUGGCCGGGGUGCUGGCCGGAUUUCUGAUUGGCAGCAUCUCGCUGGUGGUUUAUUACAGCCUGCUACACCCCGAGUCCACAGACAUCCGGCAGGGCGUCAUGGCGAAGUGCUGUGGCCCAGCAGAGGAAGGCUCUCCAGCCCGACAGAGGCCCAAAAGCCCAGCCUCAUGCCCAUUGGAGAGCUACAGGCUGCCGAGUCCAGAGCAGCCCCCAAGCCCAAAGCAAGGACCCCCAGGGGCAUGGCUGGGGAGCCAGGGUCCGAGGGACCCCUCUCUCCUCAGUCAUCACCACUGGCUGCUGGUGAAGCUCGCCCUGAAAACCGGAAACCUGUCCAAGAUCCACGCUGCCUUUGGAGAUGACGAUCCUUCCUGCUCUUGUCCCCCUGAAUGGGGGCCAAGUCAGCUCUGCAAGGCACAGCAAGAACCCCCAGCCUCCCCCCAGGACCCUUCAGCCUGGGGGAGAGGCCUCGAGUGGCGAGGUGCCCCCACGGCAGAGGCAGACUCACCAGAAACCUCCAGCUACGUCUCCUUCACCAGUGAUGGCCAGGACGGCCCGCUUGCCCAGGGACCACCAGCGACACGGGGCAAGGAGGGUCCUGGCGCUCAGGGGAGGGGUGCGGGUGGGCAGCCCGGAGGAUGGGAGGGGUGGCAGAGUGAGACACUGUACUUCAGUGCCACCACGCUGGAGGCCGCGUGCUCACCCUGGGUGGCCCUGCCCAAGAGGGCACAGCAGAGGGGCGGCCCUGCCCAGCCAGCCUCGCCCCGUCCAGGUGCCAGGCCCUUCCCCAGCACUGUGGCAGACAUCAGCCCCAUCCCUGGCCCAGACCCAGGCAGACAUUUCCGCCCCAGCAUGGCCCUGCUCGGGGCAGCCAAAGAGGCCCGGGACUGUGGGGAGUGGCGAGUACCAGCCGGGGACCCUGGCCACCCCACCCCUGUGGGCGCACAGGUGUCGCCUGCUGUGCAGCCCUGCCUGACCUCCACCCCAAAGUCGGCGCCGACCCCGUAGGACAGCAGCCACAGGGACAGGUGGAAGCAGGAGCCCAGCUCCCUCGUCUGAGCACAGCCGGCGGGCCACAGCGUCCACCCUGCCACCGCUGCCCUGGGGCCAAGUCUGCACGUCCAAAAACUGAGGGGACAGGGCUGGGGAACCCCAAAACCCCGGCAAACACCACAGCUCACACUCAGGGAGAAGCGGGCCAGGCUGCGGCGGGGAGCGCUCUCAGCUGGGUGAGCCCUGCCUCCGCCCGUGCUGUGGGCUCCGGGAGACGCAAAGGUGAACACAGAGCCCUGUUUUGUCCUGCGUUCUUCUUGUACUUAGCUUUCGUGACACUAUGAGUUAUUAAUCUGUUUUUCUCAGUGUAACCUAAGUGCAUUAAAUUUUGGAAGCUCUCAGAUAAGCAAUGCAA